UCUUCUAACAUAGGCAUGACACCGAGCCCCUUCUCUGAGAGUUUAUAAUCUGUAAAGCAAUUAUUGUUGUUGUUGUUUUUAUUUUAAAAAGCUGAAAUUUCAUUCUUGCCUUGGUUUCCCUCUUCCACUCACACACAUUUAAGUUUUAAAGUUUUUUCUGAAUGUGUUUGUGUGUUUUACCUGCCAGUAUAUACCUGUACGAUGUGUGCCCACUGCACAAGGAGACCAGAAGAGGGCGUUCAGGGGAUAGGAGUUACUGAGGUUUGGGAGCCGUGUGCCCUAUAGGUGCUGAGAACUGAACCCAGGACCUCCAGAAGUACAGUCAAUUCUCUUGACCACUAAGUGCCCCCGACUCCCCCCUUUUGGGAAAGUGUGCUGAUGCAGAUCAUCCUCCCUUCUCCCCCGAGCUGUCAUAAGUCAUGUACAUUCUGACGUCAAUAGGAGCCAUCACUCUACUGUUACUUUGUAACUGCUAUUGAAAUCGCCUCUCUGACCAUACAUUGGCUUACCUCUAAGAACAAAGUGUGAAAAGUGCUAGACCUAAGGAAGCUACAUUAAGAGGGCUUUGGGUUUCCAUAUGAGACAGAUGGGGCUGUCUUUAGAAUUCACACAACAGCUGAAGGACUUGCGGGUGAGGAUGUGCCCUUAGAGUUGGCGUUCCACUUACCAGCCGGUUACCCAUCGUGUCUACCCGGCAUUUCGGUUAACUCGGAACGUCUGACCAGGGCCCAGUGUGUUACCGUGAAGGAGAAACUACUCGGAGAAGCCAGGAGGCUUCUGUCAGAACCGAUGGUUCACGAGCUGGUUCUUUGGACUCAGCAGAAUCUCAGACACAUCCUCAGCCAGACAGAGACAGAGAGCAGCAAUGGGACGUGUACUCUGCCAGAAAGCUCGACUGUGGACGGCGGACUGUGGAUGACUCUUUUGCGUUUAGAUCACAUGAGAGCGAGGACUAAAUAUGUGAAAGUUGUGGAGAAGUGGGCUUCAGAGUUAAGGCUGACAGGAAGACUGAUGUUCAUGGGUAAAAUGAUACUGAUUUUACUACAAGGAGACAGAAGCAACAUCAAGGAGUACCUGAUUCUUCAGAAAACCUCCAAAGUAGAUGUGGACUCAAGUGGAAAGAAAUGCAAAGAGAAAAUGAUUAGUGUACUGUCUGAAACAAAAGUACAAACGGAACACAAAAGGUUUCUGGCGUUUGAAGUCAAAGAGUAUUCAACACUGGAGGAGUUACAAAAGGAAUUUGAAACUGCAGGACUUCAGGAGCUCUUCUCAGAGUGUGUACUUGGGCUGGUGAAAUGAGGUGAAUGAAUGACAGGAACCAAUGCUAAAACAGCCUCUGUGCUUUCCCGCUGCCUUUGGGGAUGGGCUCACUGAAGUAGUCAGAAGAGAGCAAUCUGAAACCUCUCUGAAGCAAAAUCAUUCUCAUUUCAGGAAGAAAAGUGAGUCCUGUUUUAUGGAAUAUUAAACAUGAAAAGAUCCCAUAUAUUCUAACGUUUGCCAGAAGAGACUAGGUUCAAUCGACGGGAUUGUCUGGAGGAGAAAUAAAAACCCAUGACUGUAAAGGAGCUGUUGUCUUUAUGUAGACAAUUUGUUUGGGAGUCUGCAAUUUCCAGGCUAAUUUUCUCGUAAUUAAAUGAUUUCUUAAAGUGA